GAGAUAUGGUACAAAAUGUGGUGGUUGCAAUCAAGGUAUAUCGCCCAGCGAUCUCGUUCGAAAAGCAAGGGAUAAAGUGUUCCAUUUAAAUUGUUUCACGUGUCUCGUGUGUCGAAAACAACUAAGCACCGGGGAAGAACUCUACGUUUUGGACGAUAACAAAUUUAUAUGCAAGGAAGAUUAUUUAGCCGGGAACAAAACGUCUUUGCCGGGACACCAUCAAGAACUUUCUCUGGGUUCAGCUUCGGAAGACGAAGAAGACGACGAUAACAGCACAGCUUCUUCGGUUUUAAAACACCAUCCUCUACACGGUUCCUUGCCUCCAGCGCCGAGCGAAGCCAACAAUAACUCACUAUCUCAUUCUGACUUAGGCAGUUCAAUAGGUCAAGAUUCGAAAACGGGUCAAGACGACUCGGAGGACCAAAACUCGUUGGAUGGUGACGCGGAAACGAGGGACUCGCAAACGGAGAACAAAAGCCCUGACGAUAGCAGCGCCGGAUCGAAACGUCGCGGACCCCGAACGACCAUCAAAGCAAAACAAUUGGAAAUUCUAAAGACGGCAUUCGGACAAACACCGAAACCAACGCGGCACAUACGGGAACAAUUGGCUAAAGAAACAGGACUACCAAUGAGAGUGAUACAGGUUUGGUUUCAGAAUAAACGGUCGAAAGAGCGCCGAUUAAAACAGCUCACAUCGAUGGGUCGAGGUCCCUUCUUUGGAUCAUCACGUAAAAUGCGGGGAUUUGCAAUGAAUUUAUCACCUGGUGGAAUGGAUGAUGGACCACCCGGAUUUGGAUUUUAUCCGGAUGGGAAAUUUGAAUUCGGCUACCCCGGAGGACCUUUCCAUCCCCACGAUACACCUCCUUUCUUUCCUGGGCACCAUCCCGGAGCACCAGGACAACCCAUGCCAUUUAGUACACCAGGUGGUCCAUUAGAUCACGGCGGACCUAUGCCCAUGUCUGGAGAUUUCGGUUCUUUGCCAAACGAACAAGGACAAUUCAUGCCACAACAACCCGGUCCCGAUCAAAUGAUGCAAGGGGGAAGAGGGGGAAGUCCCGAGUUUAUAGGAGCCGGGAAUUUCAGCGAUAACCCGCCCCCAAUGAACGAGGGUCUCGUCUGGUAGCUAGCGAAGGCCCUGGCAAAGAGGGCUCGGGAAUAACGCGCUUUGAAAAAAAAUGUUUUUUUUUUCAUCUCGCUAUCGAUUUUUAAUUUUUUUGUUCGAAACGUUUUCUUAAUUUUUACUUUUAAUCUCUAACUAGGUGAUAUUAUUAUUAUAAAGCAACACAAAAAAUAAAAAUGAGAUUAAAAAAAUGUGUUGGUGAAAAAGAUGUACUAAGAGAGAAGAAAGUAAAACUAUGAAAAGUUUUUUGAAUAAUAUUAAAAAAAGAAAUGUAAAUAAAGAGAGCCGCCACCCCUUAAUUUGUACAUAAAUACGUAUAGAAAUUAAAAGAAAAGAGAGAGAGGGAAAGAGUGAUUGAGGGAGAAAGCGAGUGAUAGAGAGAGAGUUAAAUCUUUUUCUUUUAGUUUUUAAGAAAUAACUUGACCCGGUUAAAAAUCGCCCUGUCGUUAGUUAUCGUUAGUUCUUUCUCACGAGAAGAGGUCGACGAGAGACGCGAAAGUGCCAAUAAUUAUAUUUUCAACCUUAAAAAAAAACCUAAACAUUAAAAUUAACUCAAUUUUUAAAACUGUCCAAGAAAAAAUAAAGGUGACAGUCAAAAUUUGAAUCGAAUCAAACUUAAUGCCACAAACCAAAUGAAUUUGUUUACCUAAUCAUUCGAAAACUGCUUAAACCGAAACCUGUAAAUAGUUCUUUUGUAUCGGCCUUUUAUUGAUUUUACGUCCAAGUAGGGAAAAGAUAUCUUGGACGACCACCGAGAAAACAUCCUGUAUAAAAUAAAUUCGCUGAUAUAAUACAAAAAAAUAUACUAGAUGUAUAUUAUAGAUGUGAA